AUGAACCAUCACAUGGGAACAGCGAGGGUUAAACUGCACAGCAGGAAACUGGAGAUAUAAAAAGUCCCAUUAACAGGAGGCGGCGACCAGAAAUCGAGACAAAGCGAAGAAUCAGAGACCGAGACGCCUCAGCCCUGGUCUCAGGAAUCCAGAACCUCUCCCUACAUAGGGAGGUCUAUACAUUAUACUGAACAGAACCAUCUCCUGCCCCAUGUGGGCUCAUCUCUAAGAAUCCAGUGAGAUGAUGAGGAUCCUACUCCUGCUUCUCUCUGCACUGACCCUUCUUCCCAGCGGCAGUGCGGUACUAGUGGAGCAGGAUAAGAAGCUUGUGAUGGUGAGCACCGGGGACACCAUGAAACUGAGCUGUACACAAGAUCAGAGCAACUACUUCAACAUGUACUGGUACCAGCAGAAACUGGGGCAAGGACUGGAGCUCAUGGUGUUUUCCACAGAUGUAAACUCUGAAGACAUGGAGAAGGACUACAAGGAGAGGUGGUCUUUACAGAGACCCUCCGUCUAUAACUCCACUCUGACCCUAACCGCCUCAGCCGCAGAGGACAACGCUGUGUACUUCUGCGCUGCCAGUAUAGGGGACGUCAAUCAAAAGCAAGAAUUUGGACCUGGAACUGUCCUUUCUGUGUUGGAAGAAGGUCAAGAACCAAAAAAACCCAAUGUCUCAAUCUACCGGCCCAACAAACAAGAACUUAAAGAUCACAACUUCAUCUCUUUGGUGUGCGUGGCGAGCGAUUUCUUCCCAGAACACGUGAAGAUCCAAUGGUUUGUGAAUUCUGUAAAGAGAAUCAAUGUAUAUGAACCUACACCUCAGAAAAAAGGAAAUAACUCCUACUCCACCAGUAAACGGCUCACCCUGACCAGAGAGGAAUAUUUCAAUCCAGAUUCCACAUUUCGAUGUGUUGCUGCAUUUCUGGAUGGAUCACUUGAAGCUUCUGAAGAGAUUAAAGGAGAAACAGAUUGUGGCGUCUCCAAAGAGUUCUACACGAUGUACAUUAACCAGGGGAAGAUUUCCUACAUCAUGAUUCUCUGUAAAAGUGGCUUGUAUGCUCUGGUUGUCCUUGUCCUGGUGUGGAGAAAAAAAGGUUAUUGCGCACUCCUAUUGAAGGGCAUUGCUGAUGCUUCAAACCUAUACAAGCCUGAGCUUCAUGGAUGAAAGCUGCUAGAGUGUAAUUAUAGAGAGGAAAACUGAAGGAAAUUAAUAGCAGCUGAUUUCUAGUACAAAGCAGCGGGAAUCCUCUAUUCUGUAUACAUGUGCUGCUUGUGUGCAAUAUGUACCUCUUUGCUAAUAAACUAUUGUAUUAAUAUUCA